CAGUUAAGUUCUUGUCGAAGGUUGAGACGGGAUCACGCGCCGACGAACUCAGUGUGCGCGGAAAGAUAGUGUAACAUGUCGUAUUAGGAGUGCACGAUUGAAGUUAUUGAAAACUGUCGCGAUCCGGGAGCAAGUGCAAUAGUUGUGUGAGAGACUGUUAGCAGCGUCCGAUCAUGUCGGAGUAUGACGGGGGCCUGUACGGGUACCCCGGCGCUGCCGGUGGGGCCGCGGGUGGCGGUUUGGAAACCCUGGCGGCGAUUCAUGAUCCGCAUCGCGGCGCCGCGGGCAUGCCACUGGUGAACCACACCAUGCAUUCGCCGUACAGCAGCAACCAUGCCGUGCCGUCGGUGUCGAACCACGUCAUGGGUCCCGUCGCCGAUGGCCAGAAGCGCGACAAGGAUGCCAUUUAUGGUUCAAAUCCGGGAGUAUCCCGGAUGCCGUCGAUCGCGUCUGGAAACCGUCGGGUUCGUCGCACAAAGGCGACCCCGGUGAUGGAUGAGCGAUACGGAGAUGAAUAG